UUCUGCUCUGAGAUGGCACUGCAGAUGCAAUUGGUUUCAUAGCAGAGGUUCAGAAGGAACUAAGAAGAAAGCGUAGGCAAAUGGAAGGUGAUUGCAGAAGAUCGGCGCCAUGUGUGCUGAUCCUUAUUCUUAAAGCAGGGUCUGAACUUAGCUGAGCAGUUGUAUAGAAGGCCAUUGGGAAAAGAGGAGCAGAGCAAUGAGGGCAGAGGGCAUGCCUUCUGUAUGUGUUUGUGAAGCAGUUUAAAUUGUGGUAGACUUGCAGAUCUUGGGAACCCGUUUCUAGCUUGUAAGCAGUAUUUGCCUUGAAUGUUCAUUCAGUAACAGUGAUGCUUAAGGUUGCGGAGCUCUUUUCUUUGGAAGCUUUUUGGUGUUCCUCAAGGGUCUGUCUUGGCAGAGUUUUUUUUCUUUUAAGCUGUCUCUCAUUUAUGAAGUGAAUCCUGUUGAGGUGGGGAGGGAAGAAGGCUGUGGGAGAAAAGAAACCAGUCCAGGCUGCUUCGAGUUGUGAAAAAGCCUCACUGUAGAACCAUAAAAGCUGCACUUUUUCCAUGUUGCUCUGGAAGCAGCUGAACUUUGUAACUUGGCAUAUAAAUAGAGCUCUUUGAAGAGCAUGUCCAUGGCUGGAAAGAAGGGAGGGGGAGAUGCCCUGGCUGGCUAACAAGCUUAUGUGUGGAAAAAGCCACUGUGAUUGGCAUUAUAUAUCUGUUAAAAACUGUAAAGCUUUCAGAGUCUUGUCCUUGGUUAUGGGUAAUGCACGUGGACAUGCUGGCGCUUCUAGAUGUAAAAGAAAACUGAAGAAGGUGGCAGUUUGAGUAUCUGUGCUGGGCUGGAUGAGGGAGCAUCCCUGGGCAACUGUGAGAGGCAGUCCUGGCUGUCUGAGGGAGGUGCUAGGGAAGCGAGAGUGCUGCGCUUCAGUCUGUGCCCUGCUAUGCUAACUGGCAGCUGUUGGUGAGUUAGGGCUUAAGAUAAGUGUAGCCAUGCCAACAGAGGACUUCAGCAUCACAUUUCUGUAACUUAGUUUGUAUUGAGGUCAGGGAGAGAAGGCUCUUCUGUUCAACAACAUAUGCGUGAGGAAAGCUUGGCUGAUGUAGUGUCCUGGAUUUCCUAUAAAAUGAGCAGUAUUGGCAAGUGAAGGUUAUUUUACUGCUAUAUAUGCAGCAGCCAUGAAAUUAAAGGGAAAAAUCCUGUUAAAAGUAACAUUACAGAUUUAAAUAGCAGAAAAAUGCAAAUCUCAAACAUUUCUAAGAAAAUAAUUGUUUUAGUACAGAUGUUGUACUUGAAGUAUGCAUGUGACAAAUAUAAUUUUGUUGUGCAAAGUUUCUGGAAAAAAAGGCCUAAGGUGCCCUACCUGAAAACAUUUGCUUCUAUUUCUACUUAAAGCAGUGGUUAAUAAAAAUGACAAGACCAGAGACAAUAUUUUUUCAGUUGUUCUUCUGCAUUUCUUGGCACUUGUGAAGUUUUUCAUUCUUACGUGUGAGCCUUUCACAGAGCAAUGACGACAGAAAAUGCAGACAGUGGUGCACUGUGUCAGCUCACACAGAUCGUGUUCCACUUCUCUGAAUAACUCUAAAUUUAUGUCUCCUUAAGAAAAAGUGUGUGUAGGAAUUGUUACAAAUCAUGUGGGUAAGUUAAACUGCUUGCACUUUUUUUUUUUUACUUUAUUUUGUAGCAAGAUUGCCUCAUGUUUCUGGACCUUUAAGUGUCACGGAAUGAAGGAGGACUGAGAAUUUUUGGACCCCGCUCCAUGUUGGUCUGUUGCCCCAUAUUCCUAGUUUUGCUUUGCAAUGCAUGUUCUGACCUUUCUGUUCAUUUCCUAUGCAGUACAGGAAUGUAGGCAAGGUGCUAGUUAUAGGGGAAACAUAAGAAAAAAUUCAGAGCAUGUAGUUUGUUCUGCUGCUACUGAAAGGUAUGUAAAGCAUGGUACUGGACUGCUGUGUCUGUCCUCUGCCAGCUAAAACCAAGAAUUGAGACUAAUCCUAUGUGUGGAUUUUCUGUGCAGCCAACCGGAGCUGCUCUGUUACUGGGCCAUCUGCACAUUUGCUGAUUGGUUUCUCAAGUAGUAAAGACCAUGGAUUAUUAAAAGCCAUGCCCUCAUUGUUUCACUUCAUGGAAUUUUUCCACAGCUAUGCAAAAUUUUUCUCUUUUCAUAGCAGAAUGCUUUCUUAAUAUGCUGGCAAACUGGAGGUGCUGGUGGAUGCUGAAGAGGAAUCGUCUUAUGAAAUCCAUUUGCUAUUUUAGGAGAUCUCUUGGAUUGUGGAAACUGAAGUGAUCCUGUUGCAUGGAUUGAUUUAAAGCAGUUCUCUUAUGCUGUGGCUUGGCAAACUAUUGAAUAGCCCCGAAAUGCUGCUUGUGAUUGACAUAAAGCAGCAUAUUCUUUACGUUUUGUUACUGGGCUCUAAUUUAUCUGUCAUAAGGUUUGUGUACAAUAGUAGUAAAUUCUUUUUACGGCAGUGUUUCUCUUCUAUGUAAUAUCUGCAUAAGGGAAUUAAAUUAUUCUUAAUUGUAUCCUUAAAAAUAAAUUUGGGGCAUGUCUGGCUAGCACAUUAAAUUAAAUUUUGCUACUUCACAUUCUUACUGCCCAUUUACUUUAAAUUGACUUUAUUGAAAAAUUAAAUGUUUGAAUAUCUGAUUGAGAACAACACUGUCAUUAGUGGGUAACCAUGAGAUGUCAGAACCUGGAGAAAUGUUAGAAAACAGCACCCAUUAAGGUUUUGGACCUUAAAGCUCCUGAUGUAGUUAGAAGUGAAGCAAUGGUUGAAGCUGAACUGGCUGUUUGACCUAAGAGCAAACAAACUCAGCAGGGAGGAACUGCCGUUACCCCUCAUACGCUGCCCCACAGGAGGAGCAGCAAAGAGCAAGUUGAUUUGGAAGGCCUUUAUUUCUCUCCUUCCUUUUAUUCUUGGGAGGGGAGACACUUUCACUAAAUGCAUUUCUUGUUUGACUUGUAGCACAGCAAAUCUGAGUAUCAGUGUAGUGUUUAAAGCCUUGGGCCCUGAGGUGUCCUUAAGUAUCCUCUGAGGUAUGAAUACGAUGUUACACACGGAAAUGUUUCUCCCAAGCCACUGUGUUAAUUCAGGUGUCUAUAACCCUAAGCAGAGUCUUUCCCUAAUCAUAGUUCUCAGCUGGCAGUGUCUGCCUUCCUGGAAAAGCAUUAAGGGACUACAAGUGAGCAUGAAGCUCUGUGGAGCUGGUUUGAGAACAAGAAUUGCCUGUUUCUAGAAAUGAGCUUUAGCUCAGCAGUCACAGAAGAUGAGGAGACUUGAGGCUUGGGAUCAGGAUCUUCAUGGGCGCACAAUGCUGCUGAUCUUGUCUGGUGAGACUUCAGUAUGAAGUGAUCUAUCCUACUGGCAACAAGAUUAUGAAUUAUUAUUUUUGUUAGGGGGAUGGAUCUUUAGCACUGGAUUUUGUUGAGUCACAGAGCUGAUCUUGGAGGAGACUUGAAAAAUGCUGCCAUUUGUUGUAGGGCAUUGGAAACCAGGCAGCGUGGUGCACCCCACUGAAUUUGGUUGUCACUGUUGAAAUGGGUAAAGCUUUAGAAACUUCUGUGUGGUAUCUUUAUUCCAGCACAUGCUAUAUGAUUCUAUGGCUUCUGCUUUUUGUAUAAAGGCGCGACAAGUGUGCCUGGUAGGGGUGUGCUGUUAAUUAAAGUUAGAAAUACUGUAGGUGAAUGUCAGUUGCUCGACUCUGUACCUUGAAGUGAACUGAAAGAAGAAAUUUCUAUGGCCCUGGUUCCUUUCCUGAAAAACAAGUGCAGUGAGAAUGGAAGUUUCCUCCAGUUCUUUAAUUAAUCUAGACUGAAGUUCUACCUAAGUCCCUGUUGGAGCUAGCAGAUGGAUCCUAAGUAAAGCAAAGGAAGUUGAGCUCAGUUGCCUUAUGAAGACUUAGGACAGCAUUAGAUGGGGAAAGGAGAUUUCAGAUGUAAUAUCUGAUAUUGUCUGGAGUUAUUUGUCAAAUGUAUAUGGUAUGAACUUAGAGAACGUGGACAUCUGCUCCUCUUCCACUUUCAAUCUCAGUCUUUUCCCUCUUUAAAGACCUGAAAUGUUUCCAUCGCAAAAACUGUUAGUUUAAAGCCACUAAUUAAUGUAUUUGGGCAAAUAUGGUGACAAGUGUUCCAGCAAAGCCAGGAAGAAAGGCAGAUACUUAGAAAAGGGGUUGAAGACAAGGCUGGUAACUGCUUUGCUUCUGGUGGGUGAGGGUGAAAUUGGUGGCUGCCAAAAAUACAAGCUGAGACAAGUAGCUCAUUCUGCUCUGAGCCCACAUCUGCACACACCUCCCUAUCUCUACAGAUGGCCAGGAGGCUGAAAAGAGAACACAGUUGUCUAAAUUUGUGUAAGAGAAAAGAAUCACUACUCCCACCUUGAAAGUGCAUAAGAACCUCUUGUAACUCAAGUAUUUCAACCAAAUUUAAGAAGUUUGGUUGAAUUUUCAGUCCUAGUAAAUUAUGCUAAUCCUGACACUGUAGCUUCUAAAUACAUUUUACGUUUUUUUGUACUUAGAGAUGACUGACUGGGGCUGGACUGUUCCUUUCAAAACUAUCCUGCUCAGGAAUAAAUUUGAUUUAGAACAAUUCUUUGCAUGCUUAUGCUGUAGCAGCUAAUCAGUGUGAUGCUCGUCCAGUUUACAUUUCACAGUAUGAUGUGUUUUAGAGAAAAUAAUCUGUUGCUAUCUAAAUAGUGAUGACGCUAUUUGAGGUAAUUAUAGUGAAAGGCAGCGUGCAUCUCCAGCAGGUCUCUGAUUAAAAACUGAAUGCUCCUAAAUUUCAACCACGUUACGUUGUUUCCACCCUAACCAGAACACUGAAGAACCUGAAAUUGGAGACCUCCUGGUUCUUUCAUAAACAAAUGAACAAAGUUCUGUUGUUUAAUUUCUUGCUAUGGGUCUGGAGCCUGAGCUUCAAGUUCAGUUUCAGCGAGAAACAAAAUAGCAGAGCUGAGAAAACUUGCAGAGAGGGCUUGAACAGAACUACUGAUAGAGCUUCAGCUGCUGAGGAAUUGUGACGUGCUAAAGGAGAAUCUUAAAAGGGGAACAGUACAGCCUGCUUUGAGCAUUGCUCAGUAAGUUGCAGUUCUUAGUCAAACUUAACUAGUGCAAAGGUGGAACAUUUUGUGCUCUUUAAUGUGGAAUCUGCAAUUGUUAAACUGGCUGCAUGUUACAAAUGAAUCUUUUCCUGUGUAGUUGGGUAGUAACAUACCUCUGUUUUGGUUUCUGUUGAGAUGUUUCCAAAUGUGCUUUUAGUAAUGCAGCACAAACACAGCAUUGUCAUAACAGAAUUCCAUCCUUGGUGAGAAGUUGCAGCAGUACCGUGCAAAGGUGCCACUGGUCUCUUCCUUACAGAAUGUUGGUCAUCCUUCCAGCAUUAUGUCUACAAAACUUUCUCUGACUCUGUCAAGUUUAAUGGUAUUUGGUGGCGAGCAUGGGUACUGAAAGAAUGCUAAGGCAGGAAAGGAUUCAGAGUAGAAACACUCAAAUACGGAGUUGAGUUAAUUUGGAUCAAUGAGUUGCCCAUAGGUGGGCGAAGUCCAGAUGAAAGUGUCAAAAGCUCACUCCUUAUUUCCUGUAUCCUUUUACUAUGGAUGCUGUAGCAAUUAUUGCAAUGUCUGAAUAUCAUCCUGGUGCUUCUGCAGUGGGUGUAGUUGGCUCAGGCUGUCUCCAUGCUGUUUUUCCUAGGAAGAACUGCUUGAGCAGAGCUCAUCUGAGCUUAGGACUCUGGUACACUUACUGGUUGUUUUUUUCUCACACAGUGAAAUGCAAUCUUUAUUUUAAUGUAAAUGCCUUGACUAGAUUCUUUACUUUUGUUCAUAAAUGUUUGACCUGUAUGUGGUACUUGCCAUAAUCUUGUGCCAGAGAAAUGAAGACUUGCUUUCUGUUUGCACUGGGCACUACUGAUUUGCAGGAGUUGACUGAUUUUACUGCCAAUUUUAGCAGGUGUGCUGUGUCUCAAUGAGUCUCUUUACCCUCACUGCACAGUACAUACACUAGCAAGUCUCAUGCUCAGUACAUAGAAGACUGAAUUUUGGCUGAGAGCUGAGGAGUGCAGGGAUUUGUUGUACUUCCCCUCUUUUCUUUUCCUUGUUCUGUUUCUAUUUGUGCUCCUCAUGUUUACAAAGCUCAGAAUAUUUCCUGUAAAAACUGUGUGUAGUUGGUUGACUGCAUGCAUACUGUCCACAAAAUGUAGUCCUAAGUUUUCUUCAUACUUCAGAAUUCUGGAGAUCAGAAAAUUGUCAUCCUUUAUGCUGUGAAAGGACUGCAGCAUUCUUUACAGCAGCGUUUAAAGAGAAGGUUGGUGGUGUGGAAAAGAUUUUUUAAAAGUGCUUUUUGGCUACUCUUGUUGGGAAAGAAAAAUCUUUCUUAAGACUGUCAUGUGGUUGCAAAAGCUUGCUGUCAUCCUCAUGUGUAAAGAAUGGGAGGCUGGAGGAUGGGGAGGCAGAAUGUGGGGCAGAGCUGGCUGGUGGGGCCAGGCCGCCUGCUGUGCUCCUCCUGUGAGCUGCAGGAGCUCCAAACCGCUUCCCCUGCUGGGCUGCGGCUGUCCAGCACUGCAGCACGGGAGCAGCUUGCAGGCACUCAGCGCAGCAGCGGUGGAACAGGGCAGCUGUACAGCCUGCUGUGUGGGGAGAGGAGAGGGAAGCUCCUGGAGCACUCUGUUUCUCUGCAGUACAGGAGAGAAAACCUUAUGUGCAGAGUUCACAGUGUACCACUGCAGUUCAUUACGUGAGGUUUUGACAGUCCUGCAUUGUUUCUGUCAAACUGUGGAUGCUUCACGGUGAGCUGUCGCUGUUCUGGGACUGCUAGCAGUGGGUCUGGUGAUGGGGUAAAACCUGACAUUGUAGACAGUGUCUCUAUUAUCUCAAUAAUGCACUUCUUGAAAAAGUGUUUAUUCCUUCUGCAAUUAACUCGUAAUUAAGCUACUUUCAAUCACUCUUUCCCAACUGAGUAGUUGGUGGUUUUGCAAUUGUGCAGAUUGGAGUUUUUACAACAAUUAUUUAUAUCUAUGGGACACAAUUGCUUUAUUGUUUUAAAGGAGGCAACUAUCCAACUUCUGUGUUCAUUUAUCUUGAUUAACCUCUUGUUUGAUCUCUUGCAUGCUGAGUUUUCAGUGAAUCUUUGUAAGAGGGGGAAAAAAACUUGAUGAAACCAUCCAGAGGUUCAUGGCAGAAAAGUGUCUCCCAGCAAGACCCAGUGCAAACAUGCCCACAAUUUUAUUCUGGAAUGUAGCCUGCCAAUCAGUUGUUUGGGAUUGUUUCGAGUUAACCUGUAGUGCCUGAGUGCCUUUUGAGAAGUUACAUCUUUUUCUUGUCUAUGGGUCUCAGUGUGUCUCUUGGUCCUUGAAUGCACGCAUCAUUUUUUUCUCACUGUUUUCUAUCCCAGAUGGACACUUGAGGAUAUGACACUUCUGGUCGAGGAAAACUGCAUUGAGAGAUGGUGCUGUGAGCUCAAAAAUCUCCUCACCCAUGCCCCUGGAAUAGGGGAUGUCCUACCAGGUGAUAUUGGUGAGUUACAGAAAGUGACUCUUAUAGCAUCUUAGCUCUAUGAACUCUUGAGCUGUCAAGGGACUGAGAGGCUUAUGAAGAGGUUCUGUCAAGCAAAACAGCUCUUAGCAAAGACACCAAGGAGGAGGGAAAAGGAGAAAGAAAGAGAGAGCUGAAACAGUAACAAAUCAUGAGAUCUAUCCGAUCUUUUGCUAACGAUGACCGCCAUGUUAUGGUGAAACAUUCAACCAUUUAUCCAUCUCCAGAAGAACUUGAAGCUGUCCAGAACAUGGUAUCAACAGUAGAAUGUGCCCUUAAGCAUGUGUCUGACUGGAUGGAUGAAAAGAACAAGUCUGUAAAAUGUGAGGGUGAUGUGGAAGCAAAGGAGGAAGCUGCAGAAAGCAAUGCCAAGGAUCAGAGUGGUCGGACCUUGUGUGGUGUUAUGAGAAUUGGCUUGGUUGCAAAGGGUUUGCUGAUAAAAGAUGAUAUGGAUUUGGAGCUGGUUCUCAUGUGCAAAGAAAAACCCACAAAGACCUUAUUAUGUAUAGUCAAAGACAAUCUCCCCGUUCAAAUUCAGAAACUUACAGAAGAGAAGUAUCUCGUGGAGGAGCAUGUAAAUGAGGCAGCUAUUAUUAUUCGUAACACAAAGGAGCCCAAGCUAACCUUGAAGGUGAUACUUACGUCCCCUCUCAUUCGAGAUGAAGCAGAGAAGAAGGAAGGAGUAGACAGUGUUGCGAUGAAAGAUCCUCCGGACUUAUUGGACAGGCAGAAAUGCCUGGAGGCCUUGGCGUCUCUGCGGCACGCCAAAUGGUUUCAGGCCAGGGCAAAUGGACUAAAAUCAUGUGUAAUUGUGCUGCGUAUUCUGCGGGAUUUGUGCAACAGAGUCCCCACAUGGGCACCACUGAAAGGAUGGCCACUCGAGCUUAUAUGUGAAAAAUCUAUAGGUACUUGUAAUAGACCUUUGGGCGCUGGGGAAGCAUUACGACGAGUGAUGGAGUGCUUGGCAUCUGGAAUUCUGCUUCCUGGAGGCCCUGGUCUGCAUGACCCCUGUGAACGGGAGCCAACAGAUGCUUUGUCUGAUAUGACAGUUCAGCAAAAAGAAGCCAUUACGCACAGUGCUCAGCAUGCCCUCAGAUUAUCAGCCUUUGGUCAGAUUUAUAAGGUUUUGGAAAUGGAUCCUCUCCCAUCAAAUAAGUCAUUUCAGAAAUACUCCUGGUCAGUAGCUGACAAAGAAGGUACAGGCUCAUCUGCUCUCAAGAGACCGUUUGAAGAUGGUGUUGGGGAUGAUAAAGAUCCAAAUAAAAAGAUGAAGCGUAAUCUGAGGAAAAUACUAGAUAGUAAAGCAAUAGAUCUCAUGAAUGCUUUGAUGAGGCUGAACCAAAUCAGGCCGGGGCUUCAGUAUAAGCUGCUGUCCCAGUCUGGUCCAGUCCAUGCCCCAGUCUUCACAAUGUCUGUAGAUGUUGAUGGUACAACAUAUGAAGCAUCAGGACCUUCUAAGAAAACAGCCAAGCUCCACGUGGCAGUGAAGGUUUUACAAGCAAUGGGUUAUCCAACCGGUUUUGAUGCAGAUGUUGAGUGCGUGAGUUCUGAUGAAAAAUCAGAUAACGAAGGUAAAAAUGAAACAGUGUCUUCAAUCUCAAGCAAUAAUACUGGAAAUUCUACAGCUGACACCUCUACUACCCUAGAGGUAAGAACUCAGGGUCCUAUACUGACAGCAAGUGGCAAAAAUCCAGUGAUGGAGCUCAAUGAAAAAAGAAGAGGUCUGAAGUAUGAGCUCAUCUCUGAAACAGGGGGAAGCCACGACAAGCGCUUUGUGAUGGAGGUAGAAGUAGAUGGCCAGAAAUUCAGAGGUGCAGGCCCAAAUAAGAAAGUAGCAAAAGCAAGCGCUGCAUUAGCAGCACUUGAGAAACUGUUUUCUGGACCUAAUGCAGCAAACAACAAGAAGAAGAAAAUUCUUCCCCAGCAGGCUAAAGGAGUUGUCAAUACAGCUGUUUCUGCAGCAGUCCAGGCUGUGCGAGGUAGAGGACGAGGUGCUUUAACAAGAGGUGCAUUUGUUGGGGCAGCUGCUGCUACUGGAUACUUAACACCAGGCUAUGGAGCACCGUAUGGGUACAGUACAGCUGCACCAGCUUACGGUGGUUUUUUCAUUGACAGUCCCUAUUGCCAGCCUCUCAGCAUCGCACCUUUUAUUAUUCACUUGGGCCCUCAAGAUUUCUUCUCUGACUUCUAGAACCAUCAGGUUGUGUGGCUCGAAAUGGCAUUUUGUACAUGUCUUAAAAGCAAGAACAAAAGUGGCUCGUUUUGAGGUUUCUCAACUUCAGACAUGGAAUCUGAAUUUUUCCUUUUUUUUUUUCCUUCCAAAGUGCUUUUCUCACUUCUUGAACUUUGUUCCAUUUAAUGAAAAGCAAUACUCCAAGCCACAGUCCUUUCUUUGGGUACAUAGCAAUAGAUGUGUAUAUACUUCUGGUUAUUUUCUUUACAUUAGGAGAGAAAGAUUGGUCUAGAAGGGGUGGGCUUAAGGGGGAGGGAAAAACAAAACAAGACCCAGCAGGGCGCUCGCUUUAAGCAGUGAAUCCUGCAUUGACUUUCCAUACUUCAGUAUUUUAGAAUUUUAAUACUAUGGUUAUUUGCAUGUUUCCUAUACAAAUUGCUACAAAGACUUACAGUGGUCAAUUCUGAAGCAGUAGUGCUUUGUACCAUUGUACAUGUCAGCACACAUGAAAUGUAGCAAAAAGCCAGGAAAAUGUAGUAUAUUCUUCUCCAAAAUCUAACUAAAAGUUAUUCUUUCUCUCUCUCUCUCUCUCUUUCUUUACCACAUCAUUAAUGUGAGGCACAAAAAGGGUAGGCCUGAACUUGACUUUGAAAUAGUUGCUUUUGUGUCUCUGAAAAUUAUCACCAAAUGAUAGGAAAAUGUAGUAUCUGGUCAAUCUCCAGAUCAGGAUCUUUGCUGCUAUUAUUUACUAGUUGGGUUUUUUCCUUCUAAGUAUUUGUUUAUUGAUACUCUUAAGAUUGUGAAUCAGUAAUCAGCAAUAACUGAAAGGUAAAUGUCUUUGCUUAUGUAAAUGGUAUUGGAACAUCUAUAUAUUGCAGUUAAGACUUUUGAGCAGCUUUCAGCAGGUUAAUACCACUUUAUUCUCAUUCUCUCCGGACCUUCAUAGCCAUAUGCACUUGUAUAAAAUAAGCAGAAAUUUAAUGACUGUAAGCUGAGAUCGUGAUAUAAAAGGUAAGAGAUUUUAUUUUCAGCUUAAAAAGUAUUUUUACUGCUUUUUUUUCCUAGAAACCUCACUUACCUGUGAAAGUCUUGUAUAUGGUACGUUUUUUAUUAUUUAACUCUGUGUUUAAACAAGUAAUACUUAGGUCUGAAUUCCAACUUUUUACAUUGUCAAGGCCAGUUCAAAUAUUCUGCUUUGAGUUUAAUGAGAAAAUAUUACUUAAUGCACUUAAGAAAUAGUUUGGUUUUAUCAGCAGACUGUUGUACUUCACAUAUCCUUUUGCACAGCCUAGAAAGCUGUACUGAUAGUGCUGUGUGCGAGGCACUGCAUUCCUUGCAUACUUGCUGAAAACAUUCGGGUAGGUACUGAAGCCACGGCCUGCGCUGAAAGCCACACCAAGGUGACAGGGAUGUGAAAUAAAAAUGCCAGGUGGAAUAUGAACGCUAUCUAACUUGUAAGAGAGAAAUUAUCUCCCUCAACUACUAAAGCUGAACUCCAAAUGAAGAAUGAAGAAGUUUGAUAUUUAUUACAGUUUAAAUCUGCAGAGAUCAGACUGCACUAGGCCAAGUUAAUUCACAAAGCAGCCGAUCUGCUUUCCUCUAGUGGGCACAGCAGGAGAUGGGAAGGCAGGCAGGCAGGGUUUAAGCCUACAUGAAUAAAUUGUUCAGCUGUAGUUUUCUAAAGAUAGAAAUGAAAAUAGAGACAUCCAUAAAUAUUUUCAGUGCUGAAGUAGAUGUUUUAACUAAUGUUUUACACAGGGGAAAAUGGUUUCCGACUUAUAUGGUGCACAUGAUACGUGUAGUUUUAAAAUAGUUACUUUUUUAAUUUGCAUUUAUAUAACCUUACAUUAUGCAAAGUUGCAUAGUACAGUGCUCCUCAACUGCAAUACUUGCAGCACUUGAAGUUGCUGGAAACAACUGUUUUUAUAUUAAAAAAAAAAGGGGGGGGGAGGGGAGUGGGGUGAGUGGGGUGAUGUAUUAACAUUUUAGGGUCUCAUUUCAGAGAUGAAAGCAUUAAAUAGCCCUGACUGAUCACAGUUCAUACUGGUACAAAAUUAGAAAAAUACUUGGUAUGAAAUAUGUAGUAGUAAAUCAGACCCAAAGCUUGUUAUUUUGCAUCAAAAUAUAAUGCCAAAAACAAACUGUAUUUCAUUUCAAAAUUGAAAACAUCAAACUCGGUAAAUAACUGCAUAUGUAGGUUCUCCAUAAUUGAGGAUAUGUCUGGGUAAAAUUCAUAGGCUGAUGUAGAAAAAUAGCUGUCAAAUUUUGUUAGUUUAGCUAAUGUUGGUGGAAACUUGACCAUGCAAGUGGCCUAUGUGCUUGCACUGGAGGAAAUGAACUUAAGGAACUUUACCAUGACUUGCCUGUUAAAGCACACAGCCAUUUGAUUACAUUUGCAGGUGCAACUGAUGAGCCAUCAGGAUGUGCUUCCUAUUUGGUGGUGCAGAUUUUCAUCUUCUGUUACCUUCAAGGUGCAAACGCAGGGCUUGGUCUGAAGCUCAUUUAAAAUUCAAUUCAUUCUUUCAGCUUGUCAGGCUAAGCAAUCCUGAUAGUGGAGCAGCAGGCUGCUCUGCUUCCUCUGGAAGACAGUAUUGUAUAUGCUUCAAGGCAAUGUUAUGGUGCAUUAUAAUGAACUUCUCUUGAGUAUUCCUUUCCUAGGUUUAAAUCAGAAUGAUUACAGUCUGACAAGCAGUCAUCUGUCCAGUUCAAGAACUGAAUAAUGAGAUGUCUUGCUAACUUCUUUGAUCUUUCUUUUGUGGCCUGUAUUUGGCAGCUUCAUUUCUGUGUAUCGCUUUCCAUCAGCAUUGUUUUGCCUGUGAACUUCCACAUUUUUCUGUCAUUACUGCUUUACCCUAACCAUUCUGCCCUUACUACUUUGCUUGGAAUCUUCACUUUCUUGGAUCUUCUCCUUUUGUUCACUGAAAAGACACUAAAUUUCUUUAGUAUGUUUUUGCUCAUAAAGCAGUAGAUACCUCCAAAAUUUGUCCUCAUGGCUUUGUUGCACCCUUUCUCAGUAGGAUGGAUGACAUGUCCUGAUGUUGAAAUACAUACUGCACUCUUACAUCUGUUUGUUUUUUUUAAGCCAUUUGAAAUGGCUGGUAAGACAGCCCAGGAACCUCAGCUAUUGAUGGUGGAACUUGAGCAAAACAUUCAUGUGCUGAAGUGUCACUCGCGAGUUCCACACAUGCCUACUACAUGAGCAUUUGAGAGAACAGUUACGGACUAAAUUCUAAGAGUAACUUUUAACUUAACUGAAAUACCAGGCUAUUAUUUGAUGAGUAAACUGGAUAACAGCUGCUCGAUCGAUUUUGUAACAACCACUGUUACUCUAAGGCAGAAAUAGAAUCUGCUUUCUUUUGCAUAAAUACUUGCUCAUUGCCUUUUUAAAAGACAUCUCACGGGAGCAUGUUUGAAGUGCCUUUUCUGUGAGCCUGAGGUCUACUAUUUGAUGGUUACUGAGCUGUGUCUUUCUAGAUACACCCAGCAGUAAAAUGUGGAAACUGGUUCCAUGUGCUCUGUGUAGCUGCUAUCUUUGUAGUAACAUGUCUGUGAAGCAAAAAACGUUAUAGUUUGAACUUCUGGUUCAUGAAAAAGAAAGAAUUCUGAAAAGUACCUUUCAACUCCUACAUAUCAAUAGGACAUUUGGGAAAGAUCCAUUCACUUCCCACCUUAACUCUAGUUUUAGCUAACCAGAUGCUAACAGUGUGUAUUUUGGGAGAUGAUGUCUGGCACUUAAAGGAUUGAAAAAAACCAGAACUUUACAAUGAAAAACUGGCCUGUGCAGUCUGGAUUGGAGAUAAGCAGCAUUUACACUGACUUCAGAAGAAAAAUGUGAGCUUGAGUGGCCUGGUUGGUUGACCCUGAGAGAAGUAAAGCUAUUUACAGAAUUGAGAGAUUAAAAUGCAGACUAUUCCAUUGUUAAAAUUUAUUUGCCUUUAGCUGCUCUUGAGUACAAACCUGUAAUCAUGCAGGUACUUACUUUCCCUUUAUAACAAUUUGGAUUUCAUGGAGCUGCGUGAGAGAGAAAAGUAUAACCAGCCUGCUGAGUUACCCAUGCAUGACAGCAGUCUUCACCUAUGAAAAUCCCUAGAUCCUGUACACUGCUAACCAUUCUUCACCAUUUUCCUUCCUAAUGGGUGAGUGGCAGCUGGAAUGCUUGUCAAUUUACCCAGAUAUGAAACUCUGUAUUUUGAAGGAAUUAUAUAUUUUUUACAAGGGAACUUAAAUCCUGCUUUGCCAGCCACGUCAGAUUUCUACAGGCAUUUUCUGUCUAAAGAUGGCUUUCAAACUGGAAUGACUGGGAAGUGCACUGCCGUCUUGAGCAAGUGUUUUACCUGUACGUUAUACAAACACUAUAUCAAAAUCUGCAUAAACCUUUCGAGAUCUAUUCCAUCACCAUCCUGUGCUUGAAAGCUUGUACGUUACAGAACCAGAACUGAGUAACAGUGAAAGCACUUGGCUAGGUGAAAGCAUGGUGCACGAUGCUUCCUGCCACCAUGUCCUCCCUCUGCCAGGGCUUGCUGACUUCCUUAAGCGCACAUUCAGGAGUUGGACCAUGGUGACCUUAUUCCUGGGCACUGAGCCACACAGAUGGAGGGAGGCCAGCCUCUACCCAUGAAGAGUCUGUGUAAUGUGCAGCCUCUGUUGCCCAAGCAGUUUCUGUUGGACACAGUACACAGUCCAACUCUCACAACGACAAUUUAGUGCCUGGGUAGGUGGUUCCUGAUCUGUCUAAUUUGUUGUCAUGUAGCCAAUGUGAGUUAAUAAAAUGAUUCAGCAAUUGUCAUGGAUCCUGCUGAAUGUGUCAUGGAUCUGCUGACCCUGCUGCCAUAACUUUCAUUGCACUUACUUAAAUACCCUUGCCACUGUUUUUUGUGCCUACCUCUUCCAAAUUUCCUUCUGACAUCCCUGUAAAUAACUGAUUCUGUUGAAUUACAGAAUUUUCUGUAUAUGUUUCUAGAUUCUUGAAUGCUUUUAAUUGGCAUACAAAGAGUUCCAGGGAAGCAGGUUUUCCUAGAAAGUCAUCCAUUUGCUGAGGGACUAUUUCUACUCAUGCAAACAUCUGUGACAACUAUUCUAAUAUCUUUGAUCUUUCUUUAAUAACACUUGCCUUCUGGCAGGAAAAAAGAUUUAAAGUGUAUCUUAUCCAAUUCCAAAAUUAUUUGUGUGUUUUUCCUUUAAUUGGACUGCGAAGCAAAACUUCCCUACCCUGAGUUUCUUGUGUUACCAGGUAGAAAGAGGAGUGGCAUGGAAACUUUACAGGUGGCCUGGGGAAGAGAUCUCCAGGCUGGAGGUGUUCAACUGUGGGACAUCAAUCCCCUGCAAUUCAAAAACUCAUAAACGCAAGCAGGUUUAGUGUACCAUCCUUGAUCCAGUCCAGCCAUGUCCUCAGAAAACCAGUCUGUAUGCCUCGGUAUUUUCAGUCAGCGAUCCCUGACAGAAAUAGCAUAGAAACACAUUGUCCCUGCUUCCUUUAUACUUCUGCAUUUGUACUUCUAAGAACCAGUGGAUCAUCACAGUCUAGUGGAGAUCCCUGAACUGUAUAAACAAAUAGCAAACAGCACUUCAGUCUUAGACAAGAUUCUAAGUUUCUCUUUGCCUCCUUUGCUCCACAGGUUAACAUGCAAUAAUUGUGCAUUAUUACUUAGUGCAUUUAGCUAAAUUCUCUUUAGACAGAUGCAUUUUAAUUAAUAAAGAGAAAAAACUGCCUCCCACCCUCAAGUGAGUUCCAAAUCACAGAAGCAGCUCACAGAAAAGGUUUCUACUUCCUGAGGCCCUGUGAAACAGCACAGGAACUCUACAAGGAUUGGAUUCUUUUGGAUACAUGACGAGAUAUGUUCUGAAUGAGUUAUGUUCAGAUUGCUGUUUUCAGCUGGAAAGCAGACCGGUACCUUUCAUUUGGAAAAAAAAAAAAAAAAAAAAAAAGAAUGAAAAUAAACUCUGCUGGAUUCACUGAGAAAUUCCAUUCAGUGCAGUUGUACUGUGUGAAGAAGCAGUAACUGAAUGUUUGGGACACAAACCCUUGCAAGCUUCCUGUUGGGGAAAAAAAAAAAAAAAAGGAAAAAAAACAGUACUGAAAAAUGAGAUACUUUACUGACUUGUUCAAAGUGAAGCAAAGGUGUAUCACAGUUGCAUGCACUAUCUACAGUACAAGACUGUCUAACAACUCACUGGUUUCACUGCUCUGUUUUAACAGAUCUGAUUUGCUGUUAAACUGAUCCUUACUGUAAGGCAGAAAUUCUGUUAAAGUCAUUUUAGAGGAUUCACUGAAGAAACUCAGUACCCAGUGCUUAUGGGUUAUGAAGCAGCUUUCAUUCAUAUUUUCUUUAGAAUGUUAACCAUUUAAACUAGUAAUUGUUUGACAUUAAGAGAAUUCUCAUCAUAAAGCUGAUUAUAAAGCUGGAAGAAACUCUUUACUGGGAGGGUGGUGAGACACUGGAACAGGUUGCCUAGCGAGGCUGUGGAUGCCCCCAGAGGAUCCACAGGGAUCCCUAGGAGGUGUUCCUGUCUAUGGCAGGGGGAUGGAACUACAUGAUCUUAAUGGUCCCUUCUAAACCAAACCAUUCUGUGAUUUGUUUCUCAGCCCCGUAAUUAUGUCUCUUUAGCUUAAUAAUUUGUCGUCUAAAUCCAUGCCUAUUUAUGUGCAGGCUCUUCAGUACCCUGAAAUACCUUGCCGCUUCCCACUGUACUCACAGAAAUGGUAGUGAUUCAUCUGUUGUGUGCAAGUGGUAAGACAGGUAAUAGGAAACACAGAAACAUGAUGGGAUGCACACAGCCUUGUGCCUGCAGACUGGGGUUUUUCAGAAGAGGGUGUUCUUUCUGCUAGACCUAGCUGACACCGCACAGGCAUUUGAAUGCCUUAGCAAAAGUUGUUCUAUGAGUUUUGUGAGAGAAAAAUUCACUUCAGUGUAAGAUUCAAUUCAGUGUUUUGUCUCCAGUUCAUGUGGCUAAAUGAAACAUUCAGGCCAAAUACUUACCUUGACGCUUAAGAGGAGCUGAAUGAUCCAAAGUGGUAAGUGAAGAUGUGCAGCUCAAAAGCAAAUUUCUUAUUUUGUAUGUUGUUUUGUUAUGUAUUUGGUGCCUUAACUCUUUGUACUCUACUGUUAAAUAUGCUGUACAAGAGGUAGUUUAGUGGUUAAGGGAACUUUAAUGAUGUUACUGAACUAGCCUACAGGAACUGUAGCAACAACUGAAGUUUCAGUGGGAGAGUUCUCUUGCAUGUUUAAUUAAUAAUCCAUUGAUAAAUUGGAGCUGAAGAAUUUAAAGAGCAUAUAAAAAUGUUAGCCAUAGAUUGAGACAGAAGGUAUCAAAUUUCCAACUUGAAAGUUUUGUGGCAGGAAGAUAAAGGUACAAUCUCUUCUGUGCUGUGUAAACAAAAAUGAAAAUGUAAUUCAGCUGCCCAGCACUGCAUGUUUCUCAAAAUCUCUAGACUCUUAUCUCUACUAUGACAAAUUAACUAAUUCUAAAGGACAUUAAUUGAAUGUAGUCAUCCACUGGAACAGGGGAGCCGAGAUGAGUUAAGAGUUGCAAUAAAUUAAAAAGUAAGUCCAAAAUAGCAUAUGGACUUAAUGCCUAAUUCCUGCCUCUUACCUGAAUC